AGGACAUAGGGACAUUCUUCGACAUCGCUCAUUCCUGCUCGUACCAUGGAGGCCCGGAACGAUAACGCUAGCUUCCUCUCAAGGAGAUGGCGACAGCGGCGCAACUGGUGGAUUGCAAGGAGAAUGCUGCUGAUCAGCUUGAUGGUACUUGCGGGAAGCAUACCGACGCCUGCGGCAUUUGCUUCGCCGGGAGUUUACUUUUCAACGUCAAAACUGCGCCUAACGCUGCCUAUCUCGAAGGAAUCGUACAUCAUUCUGCGAAGUGAACCCAUCGUCAACCUACGCCUGCUGUCGACGAAUGGAAUGCAACCGGCGGGUAAUUCUCCCCACUAUCACUACAGCAUCGAGGUGCCAUCCAGUGACGCUGGAUAUUUGACGGUGGACGAGAAAACGGGCGAUCUGUGGAUUACCUCCAAAAUUCUGUCGCUCGCAAACAUAACGGAAUUCAUCAUCGUGGCGGAAAAUGGGAGCGUUCUAUCGUCCGCCUCGGUUCCAGUGGCUCGCCUAAGUCUCACCAUCGACCCGCAACCGGUGAAGGAAGAUUCGCUCGAUAGCUUCUGCGAGCAUCAUCCGGAUCGGGCAUGCUUUUGGGAUGCGGCACAGUAUCGUGUGGCGGAGAACGGUCCAGCGGGCGCGACAAUCGGUACACUGGGACCAGCCAUCUAUCGGCGCCUCUGCCCACAGCAUCAGGUUCGAUAUGCGCUGCAGGACGACACCGCAGGCAACGACUAUCUGUUGCUCGAUCCGAACGAUGGCACCCUACGAACGCGAGUUUCCUUCGAUCACGACAGUCACGCUCCCGGUCCGAUACUGCUGGCCGGUGUACGCUGCACGCAACUGCAGCAACUCGGUGAUGGAAGCCCGGCCGCACAACAAACCGUCAACCGGACGGUCACUGUCACCGUACUGGAUCGUAACGAUAAUCUGCCACGCCAUGAGGUCACAUCAAGUGGUGCGGCUGGUGAUGAUGUCCAAGUGUACCUCGACGAUCCGCACGUUAAUCAGGUAAAGUAG